AUGACGGGAGCGGGCGCCCCCGCCCCCGCCCCCGCGAGGCACAAAGGCGGCGGCGCGGCAUCUCUCUGCCCGCUGUGCCUGCUGGCCCAGCCGCCGGGCGCCUUCCCCGCGCUCGCGUCGUGCGCGCACCGCGCCUGCCGCGCCUGCCUGCAGCGCUACCUGCGCCUGGAGAUCAGCGAGCGCCGCGUCCCGGUGGCCUGCCCGCACUGCCCGGCCACGCUGCAGCCCGCCGACGUGCACCAGCUGCUGCUGCCCGACGCCGCCCUGCGCGACAAGUACGAGGAGUUCCUGCUCUGGCGCCUGCUCGCCGCCGACCCGGGCACGCGGUGGUGCCCGGCCCCGGACUGCAGCUAUGCGGUCAUUGCCUACGGCUGCGCGGAGUGCCCCCGGCUCAUCUGCGGCCGCCAAGACUGUGGGACGGAGUUCUGCUACCACUGCCGUGGGCCCUGGCACCCGGGCUCCUCCUGCGAGCAGGCAGCAUGCCAGUGGGGGCCGCAGCAGGCUCCUGCAGGGGCCACGGCGCUCCCCGUGCAGCUGAUCCAUGAGGAGGAGCAGGAGGCGGCCGGGGCAGGGGCAACGGUGCCAGCUGCCCAGGAUGCGGAGGCCAUCAAGGCGUGCCCACGCUGCGGGGCUCUCAUCGCGAAGAUCGAGGACGGGAGCUGCAACCGCAUGAGCUGCACCGUCUGCGGCUGCCUCUUCUGCUGGCUUUGCAUGCGAGAGAUCACAGACGUCCACUUCCUCAGCCCUUCUGGUUGCACCUUCUGGGGAAAGAGGCCAUGGUCCCAGACCCGGAAGCUCCUGUGGCAGCUGGGCAUGGUGCUGGGCGCCCCCAUGGUGAUCUCGCUCGUGGCUGGCCUUGCAGUGCCUGUCAUCACCCUGGGGAUCCCGCUCUACCUGGGGAAGAAGGUUUUGAGCCACGGGCGCAAGAGCAACCUGUCCAGCUGCCAGCAGUGCCUUUCCGUGGGCAGCAGCAUCCUCCUCUCGCUGGUCGUCUCUCCCGUUGUCAUGGCCAUUACUGUUGGAAUUGGGGUGCCCCUCAUGCUCACCUACGUGUAUGGGGUCGUUUUGCUCUCCCUGUGCCGGGACCGCUGGGGGUGUGGAAGUGCUCCGAGAAAGGCUGGGGAGCUCAACGCCACCGAACUGGAGAGCCCCGCCAAAUUGAAUGAGCUGCUGGCUGUGCUGCCUACUCCUGUGGUGGCCGAGGCAGGGGGGCGCCCUCGUGCCCUGCCCUCGCCCAGCCGAAGCACCAGCCGACCAGAGGAGCCAUGCCAGAGGCGCCUGGAGAGCCAGGCUGCCGGCACGGAGACAGCCUCCUACAGGGACGGGCUGAACGUGGUGCAGGUGGAUAUAGAGGCCGAGCCACCCGCUGCCCACGAGCAUCGCCUCUGCAGCGCUGCAUCGGGUGAGCGGAGCUGCUCCACAGACUCCCUGGCCUACACCAGCGACAGCUGCAGCUUGGCAGGGGUGACCACUGAGUGAAGCCACAGCACCGACAGCCACAGACGCUACCGUGGACCGGGGAAGGCCAGCCCCCUGCCCACCUGCCGCAGUGCCAGGCUCGCCAGCGCCCACCCGCCCACCCGCCCGCCUGAACGCCUCGCAUCUCCCUCUCCGUCCAGUGUAAGCUCAGACCUCACGGCUUUGAGGCAAUAAAUUGCAGCCGGUCGCGGAGGCCAACU